AUGUGUUUCCGAGGUUGCAUCCUGAUGGACCCUGCGAGCCGACUUGUGCGAACUGCAGAUUCCAGUACACAGAGGAGGAGACCCCGUACAUUUCCUGGAUUUCCGCCCGGGCGGUCUCUGCUGGAGAUCAACUUGCCUUCGGUGCCGCCGACUCUGGCGCCCUAG